AUGGGUCCUAAUCUUAUUGCAGUGUUCUUGGGUCUCUAUCUCUUGGUUUCUCUCCAACCCACCUUCACAGAUGCCCAAAUAUUAUUUCAGGGGUUUAAUUGGGAAUCGUGGAAGAAGGAAGGGUUCCCUUUCCUCAAUCAGAAAAUUUAUAGUAUCCCUGUCUGUCUGAACAGUUCUUCUAGUCCUUCCCAAGUGCCUUACCUGUUCUGCUCCCAAAAUCUGGUGUGUUUUUCUCCAGGGUAUCUGCCAGGAAGAUUGUAUGAUCUGAAUGCAUCAAAAUAUGGAAAUCAGGAUGAACUGAAGACACUGAUAAAGGCUUUCCAUGACAAGGGAAUCCAGUGCAUUGCAGACAUAGUCAUAAACCAUAGAACUGCAGAGAAGAAAGAUGGGAGAGGGAUAUGGUGCAUCUUUGAGGGAGGAACCCCAGAUGAUCGUCUCGACUGGGGCCCACAUUUCAUAUGUAGUGACGACACACAAUAUUCUGAUGGGACAGGGAAUCCUGACUCAGGGGCUGCCUUUGAAUAUGCUCCAGACAUUGACCACCUCAACCCAAGAGUCCAAAGAGAGUUAUCAGAUUGGAUGAAUUGGCUGAAGACUGAAAUUGGUUUUGAUGGAUGGAGAUUUGAAUUUGCAAGGGGAUACUCUCCAGCUAUUACUAAGGUCUAUAUGGAACAAACAAAGCCAAGUUUUGCAGUUGGAGAGAUUUGGAAUUAUCUUGCUUACGGUCAGGAUGGAAAACCAGAGUAUGAUCAGGAUUCACACCGUGGUGCAUUAGUGGAAUGGGUACAAGCUGCAGGAGGGGCUGUGACAGCCUUUGAUUUCACAACCAAAGGGAUCCUUAAUUCUGCGGUGCAGGGAGAGAUGUGGCGGAUGAAGGAUUCAAAGGGAGGGCCACCAGGAUUGAUUGGGCUCUUGCCAGGUAAUGCUGUAACUUUCAUCGACAAUCAUGACACAGGGUCCACCCAGCAGCUUUGGCCUUUUCCAUCUGACAAAGUCAUGCAGGGAUAUGUUUACAUUCUCACUCACCCUGGGAUACCUUCCAUGUUCUAUGAUCACUUCUUCGACUUCGGACUGAUAGAAGAGAUUAAAAAAGUAUCUGCAAUAAGGUCAAGGAAUGGGAUCAAACCAAGUAGCACGGAUCGUAUUAUUACUUCUGAAUCUGAUCUGUAGGUAGCUGCGAUUGACGAGAAGGUCAUUGCCAAGAUUGGUUCAAGAUCUGAUGUCGGGGACGUUAUUCCCUCCACGUUCCAGAUUUCUACCUCUGGGGAGAAUUACUGUGUGUGGGAAUAAAAACAGUGAUGAGUUGCAGGUUGUCAUUGAGAUAACAAUGAUAAGCACAGGCAAAAGAUACUAAGAAAAGGUGUACCAACUACCAAGUACCAACCAAAGGUUUAAGAAUAAGAUCAACUUUACAUUAUGUUAUGGUCAUAAUAUUGAAAGAUGGUUUCUUAAAACCAGCAAUGCUGAGUGCGAAUACAAAUUAUACAUGUAUUCUUAAUGAAAUUAAAGAGCUUGAAUUAGUCAUUCAAAA